AUGAAUGUCUCGCGUCCAGCGGAAUCGGUCAGCCACCCAAAUGGCGUGACAAAUGGCUCUAGUACUGUAGCCUCGAACGGCAUCGCCAACGGAACGGCCAGUGUUCCCACGCCAGGCCUGAGAUAUGGCAUGUUCAGUAACUGGAGGCCUCAUUCGAAAAAGAAGGAUGACCGCGUGGAAGCAUUGGAAGUGAUUAAGAACGGCUUGUCCAAGAUGACCAGAGUCAAGGCUGUCCUUGGAUUGGAUAUCGGACUGGAUAGCGGUCCGAUUUACAUUGACACACGGGAGGAGCCUCGCAUACUGCAAACAUUUGACGGAGAACCCGACUGCCGGGUGAAAAUAAAACCUCGCUAUAUCAUUGCCUUUGCUCAGGGCCAGCUGGAGCCGCGAUAUGCUCUAUUUAAGGACGGUUUCUUCGACGAGUCGACAUUGCCCAAGGGAGACAUCAAAGUUGCAGUCAAAUUCGCUGAUGCCUUGUGCCCUGUGGAUCCAGUACAUCCUGUAUCACCCAGCCCUGGAGCCAGGUUACCGACUCCAACGGAAGACAUUGACCAGGUCAGGCGAGAUCUGAAAGAAUUUGGCUAUGGCUUGGUGAAGAAUGCUUUGACCCAGGAGCAAGUCCAGCUUUUGGCAGAAGCCGUUCGUCAACAGGGACGCGGUGAGGUAGAAGCUGGUGUUGCAGCGAAGGAUGGAGGCCCAAACGCGCCCAACCAAAGAAUCUGGACAUUGAUCAACAAAGGACAAGAGUUCCUCGAUCUGCUAGAGCAUCCUUUGAUUGACGAGGUUAUACCAGAAAACUUGGGUGAACACUUUCUGGUCCACAGCUACAGCGCGAACAUUGCACGCCCUGGGAAUACACCGAUGAUGUUGCAUACGGAUCAGGUCGGCAUUCAACCGCCUGUUCGGAACGUAUACUUUGGUAUCAACAUCAUGUGGUUUCUGACGGAUGUCACGGCAGAGAAUGGUGGAACGCGGGUGUUUCCCGGCAGUCACCUUGGUGCCGUUGCUCCAGAUGACAACGACGAAGGCUACCCUGAUUGUUAUGGGGUCAUACUUUCCAAGGGUGGUGCUGACGUUGUUUGCGCUCCAGAUCCUUUCAAUAUCGACGGGACAGUGGCAGCAGAAGGGCCAGCAGGAACAGCACUUGUCUUCGAAAGUCGACUCUGGCACGCCACCGGUCCCAACAGAAUGACAAGUGGAGAGAGGCCAGUGAUUCUCAUGUUCUUCAUGCGGUCCUAUAUCCGGCAACAAGAGAACAACUUCCUAUCCAUCAGGCCCGAAGUCGAGGCCAACUUGUCUGACCGUGUUCGGAGGAUGUUGGGGUGGUGUACAGAUGGGGCAUUCGGUGGCAUUGAGGGCGAGGUUAGAGAAGGAAACUUCGUUAAGAAGCUCGCCAACCCGGUUGGGCCUUUCAGGGACUCGCAUAGAUACACGCCGUUCCGUAUGGAUAUGAGAGCGAAAGGGGUCAUCGCUUCCCGCACUGCCGAGCUAAGUGGGAAUAGAGAGGUGUAG